AUGGAGUCUGAAAGGAAAGCCCACCUAGCUUAUAUCCAGAGCCUUGAGCUAAAAGUUGAGAAUCUGGAAAGAACACAGAGACAGGCGAGUAUCGAAAUUAGGAAUAUACCAUCCCAAAAAAAGGAAAAUAAGCAAGAUCUAGUAAAUUUGGUUCAAAGGCUAGGUGACUCAAUUAAUGUUCGUGUUGAUGAGUCCCAGAUCCGUGAUGUCUUUCGCCUGAAAACCAAAAAGGACACCAACCAGCCAAUUAUUGUAGACUUCACUACGGUUGUCCUUAAAGACAAGGUACUAACCUCUGUGAAGGCUCUCAACAAUACAAGAAGGGAAAAGAAAUUAAAUACUGGAGAUCUUAAAAUAGAAGGUGAGCAAAGGCCAGUUUUCGUUGCAGAAAGCCUAACCCAGACCACCAGGAAGAUAUAUUUCUUAGCUCGUGAAUUCAGCAAGAAUCACUCCUAUGCUUUCUGCUGGACUGCUCACGGCAAGGUGUUCCUGCGCAAGGAGGAGGGCGCCCCGUGCCGCCGCAUCGACUCCGAGGCUGACCUUGAAAAACUACUUCAUUCUCUGGUGAAAUGA